AUGGGCCCCUGUACCGCCUCCCCAUGCUGCUGCCAGGCCCGUAAUCUGCCAUGGGGCCCCCGUACCGACUCCUCAUGCUGCUGCCAGGCCCGUAAUCUGUCAUGGGCCCCUGUACCGCCUCCUCCUCAUGCUGCUGCCAGGUCCAGAGUGUGUCAUGGGUCCCUGUACGGCCUCCCAUUGCUGCUGUCUCCUAUCGCCACACUCUGCCAUGUGCCACUUUCAGGUCUCCUCACACUGCUGGUGGUUUCCAUUUUUGUCAUAGGGUGCUGUAUGGCCUCCCAUUGCUGCUGCCUCCACCGCCACACUGUGGCUCCACACUCUGGUUUUGGCCCCGUGACUGCCCAAAUGAGUGAAGUGUGCGGUGAUUCUAAGAUCGACGGCACUCAUCUGCAUGUCAUACUGACUGACAGUAUUAUUUCUCUUCCCCAGCAGACUCCAAGGGCAUUUAAAUUAAAGGUACAGUGUUCUGCACUAAUAUUA